UUAGCCUGCACCCUGCAAAGUCUCCUAGCUAGUGAAAAACCGACACCUUGAUUAGGGCAUGCAUUAGGCCCUAUGAAUUGGUUUGGUUUGGGUUUCUAGCUAGCUAGUUAGGCUUUUCUAUCAAUUACACUGAGUGAUCAACAUGUGUUCCUAGCCAUUUUGGUGUGCUGUGGCACUUUAAUUUGGAGAUUGUCAUUCUGAUUUGUGCCACAUGCAUCAAAUUAGCUAGAAACGCAUAUUCAGAUACCUUCAGCGCCUUUCAAGUCAUAAUACUUCAGUGCUUUCGUAAUCGUUUGAUGGAGUGGUUGGCAUUUGGCAAUCGAUCUGCAUUGUUCUAUGGUGCAAAAUCAGAUAUAUUGUUCGGAAUAUCGAAGGCCCCAAAUCAGGUGCAAACGUAACUGUUCGAUUGAGCUGUUGGCAAUUCUUAAGGCUAGCUAGCUUACUUUCUUUUUCCCCUAUCGUUUGCUUCCUGUAAUGCUCGUGAUUCUCAACAAUACAUUGGCACCACUUGCAGUCUAAUUUUGUAGUCACUGAAAUAGUGAACGCAAUCAGUUUCUAUAGUCUUACCUUUUUCUAUAAAAGCAGCAAAUAUUUCAAUAUGCUCAUACAAUUUACAUCCUGAAUGACCUAAUAUACAUAGCUCCAAAACUACAAGAUUGACAGGUUUUGUACAAUACCAACUAGGGCUUCAAUCCUAUACUAGACUUUCAGUAGAGGAAGCUAGAUGAUACCCAGAUAGAAAUUGUUACCAUCCCUAGUCCCGUCUCCUAGGACAAGGACUAUGAAAUCAACUGGGUAUAGAGCACUUGCUUACUUUGCUGUGGUCUUCUUCUGCUCGUUGUGAGAAUUUCUCAUUUGCGCUUUUGCAAUGAUGAGCAUAUGAACCAACAGACCUCUUUGCAGUAGGGUUUCUGUUACUAACGCGAAAAAAGCAAAAUAAUUUGUUGUUACCAAUUAUUUUCUUCAAAACAUGCCUAGUACUACUAUUCCCCUUUUUCUAAUAAUAAGGAAUCCGUUGCUGAAUGAUUUUCUGUCAGUUCCUUCUUUUCUUUUCUGGAAGAAGAACUCUAGAGAUGCAGUGCUUCUUUCCCUUGCUACUGUUGUAAAUACUUGAUCAGAUACUGAGAAUUGCAUAUGGCAGGUAGCCUUGCAGGCCAAUUUUACUAAUCACCACUUCUGAUUUCUUUCUCUGACAGUUUUAGCAGCUUUCUGGUUGUGUCAACUCUGCUUGCUAAUUAACCGAUUUGAUUACAUUGCUGGUACUUCUGUUGCCGUUGAUUCUGAUGCAGUAGUGGUGACAUUCUACUGGGGACAUGUGCCAGGCAAUGCAGCCACCAACAAUCCCCUUGUCAGCACACAGCAGUAACAGCAGCAGCUACUGCAUGCCCACUGUCACAGGAAUGAUUAGCUCGAUUUUUUAUUUUAACAAGGUCAACUACACAUGCACCACUGUACAUAUGCCUCAGGCAGGGUAAAACUUUCUUUAAUUUUUAUGCAGGACAUGUGUUCAAAUCUUAGCUAGGGUGCUUGCAUCGGGAGUUCGGGACACCAUUAAGAACAUACCCUUUUUUCUCUCUUUGGGUUAACUUUUAGUCCUAUUCUCCUGCAAAGGAAGAAUAUCCUGUUCUGCUGACUGGUAAAUGACAUAGGAUUAGUAGUAUUUCUUCUGCUUAAAAUUACUGUAGCUGUUCUUUAUCCUAGUAGCUCCUCUGUGUACCAUGGAGAGAAGCAACUAGCUUGUACAUGGUACUCUUGGAUCAGUUCAGAUGCUAGACUUGCAUCUACACAAAAUGCAGGAGAAUAUCUGUUUCAAAGAAUAGCUUCAUAAGCAGAAGCUUCCAAAGAAUAGACCAGUUACAGCAGGUCUCUGAUUAGUACCUGUAAUCAGAGCCUAAAAGCUACUGUCUGCAAUGACAGGGAAUGUAAAUUAAGCAUGUAAUUAAUCUACUCUAAUCUAAUGGGAGCAGGCACAAAGUAAAAGAUUAAACAAUGCCACAUUGCCCAAAAGCAGGUUGGAAAAGCCAUGACUUCAAAACACAUUCCCUCCAUGUUCCAUGUUCUCAUGCCCCCUCCUCUUCGUCGCCUGUUAGCCCUUAAUCUACUCAUCAAAACACCUCACACUUGUUCACUAGGUGAGGUGUACAGGAACUAAACAAACAGCAUGGUGGCAUGUUAAGAAAUGCCAGGAAGAUUCAUUAUAUUAGUAGUACAUGAUUAAAUCAACUUAUCCUCUAGUGAUAUAAAGCUUUUUUCUGCCACUUCCUUCUAUCUGCAGCCUCUGCUCUUCUUGCAGAUGCAGUGUCAGUAAACUAGGCAAGACACACACUGUCUCUGACAUGGCGCAGCACUAGAAGCAGCAGAGGCACAGGCAGAGUAGGUUUGCUAGGAGCUGAUUGAGCUAGCAAAAGUGCUUCCAGGAAAGUACUAGAACAUUCUGAUGGAAGCAAGAGUGUCAGUGCUGGUCCUAGCAGUGACACUGUCUUUGAUCUUGUCCACCGGCAUUGGCGCGGCCGGCGGCGAUGAGCGGGCGGCGCUGCUUGCGCUGAAGGCCGGCUUCGUUGACCCGCUGGGCGCCCUCGCCGACUGGAAGGAUGGCGCCAAGGCCUCGUGGCAUUGCAGCUGGACCGGCGUCCGUUGCAACGCCGCCGGCCUCGUCGAUAGGCUCGAUGUCUCGGGCAAGAACCUGAGCGGCAAGUUCUCCGACGACGUGCUCCGGUUGCCGUCACUCACCAUCCUCAACCUCUCCUCCAACGCCUUCGACACCGCGCUGCCCAAGUCCUUCGCCCCGCUGUCCGAUCUCCAGGUGUUCGACGUCAGCCAGAACUCCUUCGAGGGCGCGUUCCCGGCCGGGCUCGGCUCCUGCGCUGACCUUGCCGCCGUCAAUGCCUCCGGCAACAACUUCGUCGGCUCCCUGCCCGCGGACCUCGCCAAUGCCACAUCCCUCGAGACUAUCGACCUGCGGGGCUGUUUCUUCGGCGGUGCCAUCCCGGCGGCUUACCGGAGACUCACCAAGCUCAAGUUUUUGGGCCUCUCCGGCAACGACAUCACCGGCAAGAUCCCACCGGAGCUCGGCGAGCUCGAGUCGCUCCAGAGCCUCAUAAUCGGGUACAAUGUGCUCGAGGGAGGUAUCCCGCCGGAGCUCGGCAACCUCGGCAACCUCCAGUACCUCGACAUCGCCGUCGGCAACCUCGACGGGGCCAUCCCGCCAGAGCUCAGCAAGCUUCCGGCGCUCACCGCGCUUUACCUAUACAAGAACAACCUCGAAGGCAAGGUUCCGCCGGAGCUCGGCAACAUCUCGUCACUGGUCUUUCUCGACCUGUCCGAUAACUUACUCACGGGCCCGAUCCCCAACGAGGUAGCGCAGUUGAGCCACCUCCGGCUGCUCAACCUCAUGUGCAACCACCUCGACGGCACCGUGCCGGCGGCUAUCGGAGACAUGCCGAGCCUGGAGGUGCUCGAGCUGUGGAACAACUCCUUGACGGGACCGCUUCCCGCAUCGCUCGGCCGGAGCUCGCCGCUGCAGUGGGUGGACGUGUCGUCCAACUCCUUCACCGGCCCCGUGCCGACCGGGAUCUGCGACGGCAAGGCGCUCGCCAAGCUGGUCAUGUUCAACAACGGCUUCACCGGCGGCAUCCCGGCCGGCCUCACGUCGUGCGCGUCCCUAGUGCGCGUACGCAUGCAGAGCAACCGGCUCAACGGCACGGUGCCCGUUGGGUUCGGCAAGCUGCCGCUGCUGCAGCGCCUCGAGCUCGCCGGCAACGACCUGUCCGGGGAGAUACCCGGCGACCUCGCGUCGUCGACGUCGCUGUCGUUCAUCGACCUGUCGCAUAACCACCUCCAGUAUUCGCUGCCGUCGAACCUCUUCACGAUCCCGAGCUUGCAGAGCUUCUUGGCGUCAGACAACAUCAUCUCCGGCGAGCUUCCUGACCAGUUCCAAGACUGCCCGGCACUGGCAGCGUUGGACCUGUCGAACAAUCGGCUCGCCGGCACGAUACCGUCCAGCCUCGCCUCGUGCCAGAGGCUAGUCAAGCUCAACCUCAGGCACAAUCGGCUCACCGGCGAGAUACCCAAGGCGCUAGCCAUGAUGCCGGCGAUGGCCAUUCUUGAUUUGUCGAGCAACUCCUUGACCGGCGGCAUACCGGAGAAUUUCGGGAGCUCGCCGGCGCUCGAGACGCUCAACCUGGCGUACAACAACCUCACAGGGCCUGUGCCGGGGAACGGUUUCCUGCGAUCGAUCAACCCCGAUGAGUUGGCCGGCAAUGCAGGGCUGUGCGGUGGCGUGCUCCCGCCAUGCUUCGGGAGCCGUGACACGGGCGUAGCGGCGCGCCUUCGUGGCAGCGCGCGCCUGAAGCACAUUGCAAUGGGGUGGCUCGUGGGGAUACUCGCUGUUGUCGCCGUGUUCACGGCUCUGUUCGGCGGGCGCUACGCGUACCUUCGGUGGUACGUGGACGGCGCAGGGUGCUGCAACGACGAGAACCAUGGCGGGGAGUUGGGGGCGUGGCCGUGGCGGCUGACGGCGUUCCAGCGGCUCGGGUUCACAAGCCCCGACGUGCUGGCGUGCGUCAAGGAGGCGAACGUGGUCGGCAUGGGCGCGACAGGGGUGGUGUACAAGGCCGAGCUCCCGCGCGCGCGCGCCGUGAUCGCCGUGAAGAAGCUCUGGCGUCCGGCGCCAAUGGACGGCGACGCGGCAGCCGCGACGGAGCUGACCGCAGACGUGCUCAAGGAGGUGAGCCUCCUCGGCCGGCUUCGGCACCGGAACAUCGUGCGGCUGCUCGGAUACAUGCACAGCGACACGGACGCGAUGAUGCUGUACGAGUUCAUGCCCAACGGCAGCCUGUGGGAGGCGCUGCACGGUCCGUCGGAGUGGCGCACGCUGGUGGACUGGGUGUCGCGCUACGACGUCGCGGCCGGCGUGGCGCAGGGCCUGGCGUACCUGCACCAUGACUGCCACCCUCCCGUGAUCCACCGCGACAUCAAGUCGAACAACAUCCUCCUCGACGCCAACAUGGAGGCCCGCAUCGCCGACUUCGGCCUCGCCCGAGUCCUGGCGCGCACCAACGAGUCCGUCUCCGUCGUCGUCGGCUCCUACGGCUACAUCGCCCCAGAGUACGGGUACACGCUCAAGGUGGAUCAGAAGAGCGACAUCUACAGCUUCGGUGUGGUGCUGAUGGAGCUGAUCACGGGGCGGCGAGCGGUGGAGGCGGAGUUCGGGGAGGGGCAGGACAUCGUGGGGUGGGUGCGGGACAAGAUCCGUAGCAACACGGUGGAGGAGUACCUGGACCCGCACGUCGGCGGGCGGUGCGCGCACGUCCGGGAGGAGAUGCUGCUGGUGCUGCGCAUCGCCGUGCUCUGCACCGCGAGGGCGCCGCGGGACAGGCCGUCCAUGCGCGACGUGAUCACCAUGCUCGGCGAGGCCAAGCCGCGGCGCAAGAGCGGGAGCAGCGCCACCACCAACGUCAAGGACAACGCUGCAGUCGCCGCCGUGGUGGACAAGGACAAGCCGGCGUUCAGCACCACGCCAGACACCGACUACGCGUAGCUAGCUGCAUGUUUUUCCUUCUCUUCGUUUGAGUUUCAGUUCCUGUUAAUGAUGACUUCAUGUACGUAGAUUUUACUGCAGGGUUUGGAGCCUGUAACCAAACAUUUACCAUCAACAUUAAUUAGUUGUACAUUAAUGUAAAAAAUCAUUUUUUAUGAUGACGACGACGACGAGGAUGACUCUCCAAAC